CGCGCGCGCACUUCGUUCUCCACUCACGCAGGGAAGGAGGAUUUCAGAGGGGUUCGCGAUGCUGGCGACGCUGGCGACGCUGGCGAGGGUCGCGGCUCUGCGGAGAACCGGCCUUCUCUCCCGCCGGGGCGGCGGGAGGGGGCUGUGGACCGGCCGCCCUCAGUCAGAUACUGACAAUAUGAAGCCAUUGGAGGGUGUAAGAAUUCUGGAUCUAACAAGAGUACUGGCGGGACCUUUUGCUACUAUGAAUUUAGGAGAUCUUGGAGCAGAAGUUAUAAAAGUGGAAAGACCAGGAGCUGGUGAUGAUACACGAACUUGGGGUCCACCUUUUGUGGGGACAGAAAGUACUUAUUUUCUCAGUGUUAACCGAAAUAAAAAAAGUAUAGCUGUUAAUAUCAAGGAUCCAAAAGGGGUGAAAAUCAUCAAAGAGCUUGCAGCUGUUUGUGAUGUAUUUGUGGAAAACUAUGUCCCUGGCAAAUUGUCUGCAAUGGGGCUGGGCUAUGAAGAUAUAGACGUGGUAGCGCCUCACGUGGUCUACUGUUCCAUCACAGGGUAUGGUCAGACAGGUCCACUGUCUCAGCGAGCUGGGUACGAUGCUGUUGCCUCUGCUGUUUCUGGUCUGAUGCACAUCACAGGGCCUGAAGAUGGAGAUCCAGUUCGUCCAGGAGUGGCCAUGACUGAUCUUGCCACUGGCCUUUAUGCAUAUGGAGCCAUUAUGGCUGGAUUGAUACAAAGAUAUAAAACCGGAAAAGGACUGUUCAUUGAUUGUAACCUACUGUCAUCCCAGGUGGCAUGUUUGACUCACGUCGCUGUGAAUUAUCUUAUUGGCCAAGAGGAAGCGCGGCGCUGGGGCACAGCUCACGGAAGUAUUGUUCCUUACCAGAAAAAUUCACCAUUAAUGGAAGAAAACCCACUACAAGGGAAGGAUCCAAAGAAGGGCAAUCAAAAGGCUUUUAAAACCAAGGAUGGAUAUCUCGUAGUUGGAGCAGGAAAUAACCAACAGUUUGCUACUGUGUGCAAGAUCUUGAAUUUGCCUGAACUGAUUGAUGAUUCCAAGUAUAGAACUAACCACCUUCGGGUACAGAAUAGAAAAGAGCUUAUUAAAAUACUAUCGACACGGUUUGAAGAAGAAAUGACCAGCAAGUGGUUACACCUCUUCGAAGGCAGUGGAGUCCCGUAUGGCCCAAUUAACAACAUGAAGAAUGUGUUUGCAGAACCCCAGGUGUUGCACAAUGGCCUCGUUAUGGAGAUGAAACAUCCGACUGUGGGGAAGAUAUCAGUCCCAGGCCCAGCUGUGAGAUACAGUGAGUUAAAGAUGUCAGAGGCCAGCCCGCCCCCCCUGCUUGGGCAGCACACGACGCACAUCCUGAAGGAGGUCCUCAGAUACGAUGACAGGGCCAUCACAGAGCUGCUCAGCGCUGGAGUGGUGACCCAACAUGAGGUUGAGUGACAAAGGAAAUACGCUUUUUUGCAAAACUACAGUUGGAAUGCGUUUUGCUAGCAAAGGUAAAGUCGCCUUUCCAGACCCUGCUCCCCAGUUCUGGUGCCUGCCACUGAAGAGUUAGAGGGAUUCCAGAGUUCCUGCCUGGCCUCUCCAGAAUGGCGCUGGUAUCAGUGAAUCUAGUGCUUUCUAAACGCACCCCACCUUUGAUUCCUUACCAUUUACCCCCAGAUAAUAGAUUAAUUGUGGAUUUGUGGGAUUUUUUUUGGGGGGGUGAAGUUUUUUUUUUUUCUGGAAAAAUACAUUCCUCAUUCUAAUUACGUUAAUAGCCUAAACGUUUGCCCCUCCAGCCCACGCAGGUCUGAAAAAGAGCAGAUCUCUUGACGUUCUUUACUUGCACCUAAAGUCCUCAUUUAAACCUUUGUUAGGAAGUCAAAGCAAUAAGCAGAAUGACAGUCUCGGUGAUUGAUUUUAAACAGAAUAACUUAAUUUUGAGCUCAUGAACCCUUUGUUAAUCUGUAAUUUAAACCAUGGAAUUUGUUAAUGUCCAUUAUAAGACUGAGCUCCGUUCUCCCCUAUGGGGGUAAAUAAUGGCUUUAUGUUGUAUUUCUUUGAUUAUUUCAUGAGACAUGGCAGAAAAUCAGUCUCCACCAAUGAAUUUUGGGAUGUAGGGGGUGAAGAGUGGUUCUUUAAUUGGUACCUUAUUUUGAGCCAAGUACAAGUGCAACAGGUUUUUAAAUGAAUGCCAGAUGACUAUCUCGGUAUUAAAUAACGUCUAAAUAAUGAUAAAUUGGAGAAUGAAAGGAAAAUAUUUCUUUGUGAUCUGAGUAUCCACUGUAGAAGAAUAUAUCAUGCCUUAAUAUUAAGUAUUUGCAUUUAAGUAUUUGUCGGUGAAUUCGAAAUAUAGAAACAUCUUCUGUCCAGAAGGUGGUAGCUGAUUUGCCUAUAUGUUCCAGGAUGAAUUGUCACUCAGAGUGCCAAUCACCCAAGCCCAGGUACAGACCAAGGAAUCAGAUGACCCCAUGAUGAGUAUCCUCAUAUGAACACAAUUCACGCUGUUAGGCACAUAUAUCUUAAAGCCAUGUCAUUACAUGCCAAGUGGUCAUUGAAAAUUAAAUUACAGAUGUUCAUUUUUCAAACUGUGAUUUAGAGCUA